GGGCCGAGAGGAUGGUGAUAGAUGGCGCCUCUCCGGGACGGAUCAAGAUGGAAAAACCGCGACAGGGAGAGGCGUCUCCUGCAGUUCGUCCAAUGGGGAGUCUAUAUACAUAACCAACAACAAUGUCGAUCGCGUCCGAAGAAGACGCGAGAUUCUCGAAAGCUAAGUGAGGAUCGCGUGUAGCGGUGAGCGCGGCGACGAUGCCGAGGUAGUCGCCGUCGGUUUCUCUCGAUCCCCUCUCUCUUUCCUUCUAUCUCUCCCUUCCUCGAGACUGUCGAGAGCGAAACCGAGGUGAGCGCGCGCGUAGGUCCGUGGUCCGUGUGUGUGCGUGCAGCCCGUGCAGCGUGCGUGACAUUCGCGCGGUCUGCCGUCGAGGUGAACGCUUGCGGAAAGUCCGGCGGUGCCGCGGUUGGUGUCGGAAAGUCCCUCCCCCCUCCCCCUUUCCCCCCCGUAUCGCACGGAUGCGCCGUCCUUGUUGAACGGGCGACUCGCGAGCGCGGACCUCCGCCUCCUGGUGCCGGACAGUGGAGAACAUGGAGGACUACAAGUUUCUCUUCAAGGUCGUGCUCGUGGGGAACGCCGGUGUGGGCAAGACCUGCCUGGUGCGACGAUUCACUCAGGGUUUAUUUCCACCUGGACAAGGUGCAACAAUUGGAGUUGAUUUUAUGAUUAAAACUGUUGAAGUGGAAAAUGAAAAAGUUAAGUUGCAAAUAUGGGAUACUGCAGGUCAGGAAAGAUUUCGUUCCAUUACUCAAAGUUAUUAUAGAUCAGCACAUGCAUUGAUAUUAGUUUAUGAUAUUUCUUGUCAACCUACAUUCGAUUGUUUGCUAGAUUGGUUGAGAGAAAUCGAAGAAUAUGCAAGUAAUAAAGUUCUUAGGAUAUUAGUAGGGAAUAAAAUUGAUCGAGAAGAUAGAGAGAUACCGACGCACGUGGGAGAGGAUUUUGCACAAAGGCAUGGCAUGUACUUUUUAGAAACGUCCGCUAAAGAAGCGGAAAACGUAGAGAGAUUAUUUAUGGAAAUAGCAGCUGAACUUAUGGAGCAAGCACGCUGUAAGGAAUUACCUCGGUAUGAAACGAAUACAACUUCAAUAAACGGUAAAACGACGUCAAUCGGUGAUAGUAGUAAUUGCGGUUGUAGCAGACUCUCUUAAAUAAUUUUUGUAUGUUAUACCUUUUUUUAUAGACACGGUGAUUGAAAUCGAGCGUAUCAAUAUUUGAUAAUUUAGGGAACGUAUAGUACACGUAUAUCUUUGAUACAGU